CCUUCUUCCUUCCAAAUCUCAUUUCAUUUAAACAACUUACAAAAAUCUUAAUUAUUGUCCAUAAAAUUAUCACCAAAUUAACGUUGUCGUUUUUAGGCCGCCUGUCUUUUAUUAAUAAUAAUGGCUCAAAGAACAGAAAAAGAAGAACCGGAAUUGAUGAAAUCCGUACCUGAAGCGUUGACUUUUUCAUGUACCAAUAACUGUGGCAUGGUAGGAAACCCUGCUACAAACAACAUGUGUCAGAAAUGUUUUCUCAUCAAAACGACGUCGUCGGCAUCCACGCAUACAUCUUGUUCCACGUAUUCUUCAAUAAGGUCGACAUCCUUUGAUACAUCGUCUGAUCAACUAAAUAAUAUUAUUGUUGAUCAGACGAUGGCUGUGGAUGAAAUGAAAAGUAUUAAUGAAAACGUUGUUUUGAAAAAAAAUCGGUGUUUCGGGUGCAGAAAGAGGGUCGGAUUGACCGGGUUUCAGUGUCGGUGUGGGGGGCUGUUUUGUGGCGAACAUCGGUAUUCGGAUAGACAUGAUUGUAGCUAUGAUUAUAAGACGGUUGGUCGGGAAAUGAUUGCUAGAGAGAAUCCGGUUGUUAAAGCGUCGAAAAUCGUUAGGAUUUGAUAACUUUUUUUUUCCCUUCAAAUUCAAUGAAUGUUGUUGUUGAGUUUGUUAUGAUAUACUGUAAUUGUGUGUUAUCUAAUGAAAUGGUUGUUAUUUGAAGACAAAAAUGAAAAAUGAUGAAUUUAUAUGGGAAUUGAUUGGUUUUUGACUA